UUUGGUGAGCAGUCUAUGUCUCUACCACAGGAUUGAAAUAAAGCUUCCUUGACAAGCUGACAUAUGAGCAGAGAUCUGAAUAAAGCCAGAAGCUAGCCAUGCAGAUAUCUGGAGAAGGAUCAGUAAAAGCAGAGAAACAAGUACAAAGGCUCUGACACCUUAACAUGGGAGUUCGCCUGAUGCACUUAGUUCAUUCAAGGAUGCCGGUGCGGCCGGGGUGGUGAGUGGUGAGUGAGGAGAUGGAAGAAGAGGAGAUCACUAGAGAUCCACGAUGCCAGACUGUGACCGUUCCUGCAGCUGUAGCCGCGGCCCCAAUGUGGAAGAUGGCAAAUGGUAUGGGGUCCGCUCCUACCUGCAUCUCUUCUAUGAAGACUGUGCAGGUACAGCUCUCAGCGAUGACCCUGAGGGGCCUCCUAUUCUGUGUCCCCGCCGACCCUGGCCCUCACUGUGCUGGAAGAUCAGUCUGUCUUCGGCGACCCUGCUUCUGCUGCUGGGUGUGGCAGCCCUGACCACCGGCUAUGCGGUACCCCCCAAGCUGGAGGGCAUCGGAGAGGGGGAGUUCCUGGUGUUGGAUCAGCGGGCAGCCGAUUACAACCAGGCUCUGGGCACCUGCCGCUUGGCAGGCACAGCACUCUGUGUGGCGGCUGGGAUCCUGCUGGCCAUUUGCCUCUUCUGGGCCGUGACUGGCUGGCUGAGCCAGGACAUGAAGGCAGAACCCUUGGACCCCGACGCUGAUGGCCACGUGGAGAUCUUCGGGGAUGAGCCAGAACAGCAGCUGUCGCCCAUCUUCCGAGACGCCAAUGGCCAGUGUUGGUUCUCACCACCUGCCAGCCCCUUUGGGCAAUCGUCUGUGCAGACCAUCCAGCCCAAGCGGGACUCUUGAGCUGCCCACAAGGCCAGAGGAGGAGCCAGACCUGGGUCUGGACCAUUCCUCUGUCCCACCACACCCUGCCCUCCGAUUGUCUCCCUAACUUCUCACUUUCAGUGGGGCCCCUUCCUCUUAUGCCCCCAGAACCCUAGGUCAAGAGAGUCUGGAGCUCAAAUCCCAGUGCCCCUUCCCAAGGAUUGGGCCCCAACUCAUCCAAGAUGCCAAUUUUUCCCAAGUCCUCCCAAAACUUCCCACCUAACCCUCCUUCCCAAGACCCUUCAGGAGCAGAAAACAUCCUCCUUGAUCUAUCCCCAUCGUACUCUGUGUGACCCCGGGCAAGCCACUUAUCCUUUCAGACCAUCAGUUCCUGUCUCCAUACUAUGAGGGGUUUGGAUCAGGUUCUAGAGUUCCAUGACUUUCCUCUUCUCCCCAGCUAUGAGCAUUACUCUCCAUAGACAACGUUGGGGGGAGAGGUAGUGGAGUCUUUCUCAUCCCCUGACCCCUUCCUAUGUCAGCUGCUCCAGGAUGCCCGAGGAUGGGUCAGAAACAUUCACUUGGACUUCACCUCCAGGAUGGUGCAAAUAGUCACCUCCCACAGAAGGUUUUCUAUGUGUGUUUUGGCAUCAGAGCCCCUCUGUCCCACCCAUCAUGGGCUAUGUUUAGCCUCAGUUUACAGAUGAGGUGGCUGAGGGAGGCUGGCCGUCUGCAGGAAUUUGAACCCACAUCUUCUGUCCCCUCUUGGGCCAACUCUUGUUCUACAGCUGGAACAGGGGGCCUGCUGGACACUUUCCUGGCUUCCAGGGAACCUCCAGGAGUGGAAGAUGGUUGAUCCAGAGAGCCUGGUUGGAGGCCUGAUGGUCCUACAUGGCUCAGAAGAUACUUUGAACAUGCAUUUAAAUGGUCUCCAAGAGCCAGGGGUAGGAGAACUGGGAUGUCUUUGUCCCUCAAUAUUCAUUCCCCUAGAAACCAUCAUCCACAAGUCCUGAACUUACCCUGUAACAAAUGUGUCCUACUGGGGGUACCAGCACCUCCAUCCUGCAGGCUCCACAGCCAGACACAUCAUCUCCAUUCAUUCCACGAGGGGGAGCUCCAAGAUAGCUGGAGAGAGGCGCCGCUGCACCUGGCCCAGGUCCCACC